UCCGAGCUGCCGAGGCCGCAGAGGAGUGGCCGAACUGCGUGGUCUGUAGAUUGACAGAGGAGUUGAUGACAAGGACUGGUCUUUUCUUUGUCAUGGUGGGUAGAGGCUUGAAACAGAUGGAUCCAGUGCCUCCAACAAUUGGAGGAAGUGGAUUGUGGAGCCAGGAAACAGCAUGUACUGUUCUUUUUGUGGUAUUGGGGUUGGAGUCUUACAGAAUAUCCACGUUUCAGUUUCUGUGCCUAUCAAGAGUUCUAAUUCAUCAUGGAUAAUCUGUCAUCAGAGGAAAUUCAGCUGCGGGCUCACGAGGUUACUGAUGAGUCUCUGGAAAGUACAAGGAGAAUCCUGAGUUUAGCUAUUGAGUCUCAGGAUACAGGAAUCAAGACUAUCACUAUGCUGGAUGAACAAGGGGAACAGCUAAAACGCAUAGAAGGCGGCAUGGACCAAAUAAAUAAAGACGUGAGAGAGGCAGAGAAGACUUUAACAGAACUCGACAAGUGCUGUGGCCUUUGUGUCUGCCCAUGUAAUAGGACAAAGAACUUUGAGUCUAGUAAGGCCUAUAAGGCAGCAUGGGGAGAUGGUGGAGACAACUCUCCUAGCAACGUUGUAUCUAAGCAGCCAGGGCGAGUGACAAAUGGUCAGCCUCAGCAAGCAACCACAGGAGCAGCCAGCGGCGGAUACAUUAAACGUAUAACUAAUGAUGCCAGAGAAGAUGAAAUGGAAGAGAACCUGACUCAAGUGGGCAGUAUCCUGGGACAUCUGAAAAACAUGGCCCUGGACAUGGGCAACGAGAUUGAUGCUCAAAAUCGACAAAUAGAGAAGAUCACAGAAAAGGCUGACAGCAACAAACAUCGUAUUGACAAUGCCAAUGCCAGAGCAAAGAAACACAUUGACCGCUAAAGCUACUGCUGUCCUUUUUUAUCAUUUAUUCACUUCCUCAGCUUCUCCUUCAAAGUCAUUGCCUUUUCAGAGUUUGAAGUUUUGGUUCUACACUCAGGAGAUAAUGUAGAAGAAGGGCAAGGAGUAACAGCCCCCUUAUUUUUUUGUUUUCUUUUUCCCUUGAGGGUAGACUGCUGCUCAGCCUUCCUUCUAGUAUUUUCCUGCUCAGUUCAUACUUUUAGAUUAGUUUUCAUACAUCGUACAUAGUGUUGUUU